UGAAUAUAGUGGAUUUCAGAAUCUACUUUGAAAUUUUAACUGCUAUGGUAUUGUUCAUGAGAUUUGACUUCGGCUUGAAAUGUUUUGGACUUGGUUGGUCUGAAUCAUAAUGACAAUAGUAUGAUUCUGAGAUCAUAAUGUGCAACCUGCAUGGGCUUGUCUUGGCUUGGCCCGGCCCAUUAAUGUGUCUUUUUCUAUCUUUUUUUUUUCUAAAAAAACCCUUGCCUUCUAUUAUUCCCGUACAUGAGGGGCAAAAACAGUACCUGACUUUGUACUCUCUGAAAUUACAAUUAUUCAGUGAUGAGCACUGCUGGUAGUGGUAUCACAUGCCUAACAGAGUACUAGUGGUACCAUGUGCAUGGUUGUGAUUCAUUUACUCUUUUAAUAAUCUGAUUUUAUAUCGUCAGUUAAACUUGAACCUUUUUGUGCGUUAAUCAUAUAUUUUUUUAUACAAACAAUAUGGAGGUUGGUUACUGCUUCCCCAUUGUGAAAGCUGCUUUCAGCUAAUCAGCUGUUAUAAUGCUUGGGAAAAGAUAUUUGCCCAUGUUUUUUGGUUUUACGAAGCUAUCUCUGAUUUCGUUACGCCUGAUUGCUCCUACUAUUUUCUCUGAGAUUGAGAAUUAUUCUUUGACCUUAUGGGUAAUUUGAUACUAGAAAGAGUGAUGGAGAAAAAGAAUCUCCUGUCAAUAUCUGUGGCACAGGAUAUGCAGAAUUCACAGAACAACCACAUUUUAGAUAUUCUACUCUUUCUGAUCCUUGAUUGACUUUAUACUCAUAUAUGUGGUGAUCAAUCGUGAUGUCUAAUUGAUGUGUUAGUGCAUAGUAGUGCCAGCUUCUAUAAAAGAAGUUAAUGUUGAUGUUUCUGGACCAUUUGUGCUGAUUUAUCACUUCUAGUCAUAUAUGCUUUCAGUAUUCCUCGCUUUUAUUUGGGCAUCAUUUCACUGAUUCGUUGUUUGUUACGUCACGUAGCAGGCCAGAUUUAUAAUUGUAGGUUUCUGUCACUUUAUGUACAUGACGAAGAUAUGUUGAUUCUUGUGAAGGUAUUGGUGAAUGGAAACUAAAAGAAAAGUCAAAUUAUGACCCCAAAUAAUGUUGUUUAUGAGCCCAAUAGUCAAUAAAAUCUAUUCAUAUUGAGCUUAAAAAACCUACUGAUUGUAAUAUUUCUUUCAAUUUUCCUCUGUUAUUCUUGUAAAUGAUACAAGUGGCCGUAGCCCGUAAGCAAAGAACUUCUUUUGAGUGUUGGUGUUUCAAGAUUCCUGUUAACAAAAUCUGGUGUCAGUUUCUUCGUUAUUGUACUUGAACCUGUCAAAUGUGAGUUGUGUACUUGAUAUGUUGAAAUAUAUAGCAUUUUCUUGAUACAUCUUAAUGGUGAUGACAAAUUAUGCAUCAAGAGACUUAUUCUGUUUGCAUUCUCUCUGCAGAACUCCAUAAUUUGUUUUUUUUUUUUCUGGUGGAGUGGAAGAUUUGUCCUUGUUUAUUGUCAAUUUGUCAUGGACCAUUUUAUUUUAUUUCAAGCUUUCUUUGUAUUUGGGUUCUGCUCUUCAAUUCUGGUAUAUUGUAAUCCCAUAUCUGUGAAAGGGAGUUCAGACAUUUCUCAAUUUGCAAGAAACUUCCUCUUUGGGGCUGCAUCUUCUGCUUAUCAGUUUGAAGGAGCUUUCUCGACUGAUGGUAAAGGUCUCAACAACUGGGACAUUUUCGCUCAUAAGCCUGGAAAAAUUGUGGAUGGAAGCAAUGGAGAUGUUGCCGUUGAUCAGUAUCAUCAAUAUCUGGAAGAUCUUCAUCUGAUGGACUAUGUUGGAAUCAAUAGCUACCGGUUCUCUAUAUCAUGGGCAAGAAUACUACCAGGGGGAAGAUUUGGACUAGUCAAUCAGGCAGGCGUUGACUAUUAUAACAAGGUCAUUGAUGCUCUUCUGCAGAGAGGAAUUGAGCCCUUUGUGACAUUGAGUCAUUAUGACAUUCCUCAGGAGCUGGAAGACCGAUAUGGGGCUUGGUUAAGUGCUGAAGUGCAGAAGGACUUCAAGUAUUAUGCGGAUUUAUGUUUCAAAUUUUUCGGAGCUCGAGUCAAGUACUGGGUCACCUUCAAUGAGCCCAAUGUUGUAGCCAUUCGUGGUUAUAGGUCAGGGACUUAUCCACCAUCUCGUUGCUCCGGAGCAUUUGGGAAUUGCAGUGUUGGAGACUCAGAAAAGGAACCUUUCACUGCAGCUCACAAUAUGAUCAUAUCACAUUCUGCUGCUGUCAGUCUAUACAGAGCAAAAUACCAGAAGGAACAAGGAGGUAAUAUUGGAGUUAUUAUGAAUGCAAUGUGGCUUGAACCCAUCAGCAAUUCCUCAGAAGACAAAGUAGCAGCUGAGAGAGCUCUAGCUUUUUAUAUGAACUGGUUCUUAGACCCAAUGAUACUAGGAAAAUAUCCUGCAGAAAUGAAUCAUAUUCUAGGUUCUGAUUUGCCCGCAUUUUCGAAAAAGGAAAUUGAGAACCUGAAGAAUGGAGUAGACUUCGUUGGCAUCAAUCACUAUACCAGCUUUUACAUAAAGGACUGCAUAUACUCAGCAUGUGAGCCUGGACCAGGAGUUUCCAAGAUAGAAGGUCUCGCUUUUCGUACUGCACAAAAGGAUGGUGUCUGCAUUGGACAACCUACUGCAGUUGACUGGAUAAAUGCCUAUCCUCAAGGACUGGAAAACACAGUGAUGUACAUAAAGGAGAGAUACAAUAACAUACCGAUGUUCAUUACAGAAAAUGGAGUUGGUCAGCAGGACAAUCCCAAUUCCACCAUUGAAGCUUCAAUCAAUGAUGUGGAGAGAAUCAAUUAUAUUGGAAACUACUUGGAUGCUCUAUCAAGAGCAAUAAGGAAAGGAGCCAAUGUAAGAGGUUAUUUUGCUUGGUCAUUGCUUGACAACUUUGAGUGGUUAUCCGGAUAUACGACACGGUUUGGGCUGUACCAUGUCAAUAUGGUCACCCUCAAGAGAACUGCUAGACUUUCAGUAACUUGGUACAAACAGUUCAUAGCCAACCACACAGCUUCAUGGAAUGCUUGGGCAGGCUAGGCUGUAAUUGAGCAAGUUCACAAAAGGACUAGUUAUGACCAAUUAGAGACAAGGUCCAGUUGCUUGUGUAUAGUAAUUGUGUCCCCUCUUUCAGAAUCUAUGAUUAUUUAUGUUACUGAAUAUAUAUAUAUAUAUCUGAUUAUUUCCUAGUCAAAGGUGAUUUCCGAAGGAAGUACAUGUGAGAUAUAUUCACAAACAUAUAUUGGAUUUUCGAUCAGGAUGAAUUUAAUUUUUAUUUUGAAUAAAAAAUAUAUUGUUGCAAAGCAUUAUCAAAA